UCAACUUAUAUUUCAGUAGGCCUAUGCAGUAGGCAACUUCUAGUGGUGCACACGGUACACAAUAUAUACUUAUUCCACAUACCAAAAAAAUUACCGACUUCAAAUUAAAAAGAAAUAAUAAAACUUCUGAUCUUAAAAAUCAAGUUUACACUUUAAUAAAUGUUAAAAAAAAUAAACUAGGAAAAUAAAGUGAAUAGUCUGAUGAAACCACGUAAUCCACACAAUUUCGAAUUCAUUAAAUAUGCCACAAUCAUAAAUUCCACACGUUUUAAAGAAUUCCACACUUCCAAGUGAUUGGCAACGCUGUUCCAGAACCUAUUUUUAGCCUUAAAUGUAUUUUAUAAUACAUUAUAAAAAUGUCUUGCCAUUAUGGUAGUCCGAAACCUAUGAGAAGAUUGGAUAUAAAUGAUGGGCAGAUUAAAAAUUGGUACCAACACUGUAACUGUUGCCCCUAUGGGUAUCACAUUGAUUUGGAUUUUGUUCGAUAUUGUGAAAACAUUUCUCAAGGAAUACACAGGACUGAAUCCUUCAAAAGACGUAAGGAUAGAAGAAGGCAGAGGCAGUCUAUGGAGGUUUUACUCGGAAUUGAACCACAAAAUUUGUUUAAAUUAGAAAGUGAUACGCCUAUAAGAGAAGAAAGACAGUUGUUUACUGAUGAAUCUUUUCGUAAAAAUGCUGAAUUAAUAAGUGAUGCACUAGAUGAAGUUGUUAGUGAUUUUGAAAAGACUUGGAAUCGUUCUCAUAAAGUGCUUACAAAUCUUCCCGAUGUUACUGCUGUUAAUGUUGCAGAUACAAUUUAUCAUGCACCAUCCAUUUCCUCAAUUUCAUCAAAUUCUGGUUCAUUCAUGGUUCUGCCAACAGCUAGUGAAGAUGCAGCAUCAAAUCAUGAUUAUGAUAUGUUUAAUAUUGAUUCUGUAGGUCUUAAUCCUGCAGCUUUACAAAAUAUUAGAGAUCAAGUAGCAAUUAGCUUAGAAAGAACUAAAGAAUUGGAGGAACGUGUAAAGUUAAUUCCCAAGUUACAGCUAGAACUUCAUAAUUUAAAACGUGAAAAUGUAAAUUUACUAUCAAAAUUGAGUCAGGAAGAAAGCAAAAAUAAUUCAAAAUUCAACAACACAAAUGUUAAAUCAAUGUCCUCUUUGAAUGCAACUAAAUUAGAAACAAUAAAUCAAAAUGGGAUUCUUUCUAUGUCUCCUCCCAGAAAGGACUUUAGUGUAAUGUGUAGUGUGCUUACAAGAAAUAUAGGAGUUGGUCAUUAUCAUCCUAACACAAAAUCAGUUUCUACGAACACUUAUGAUGAAGAAAGGUCUACUGAUAAAUGGCUGGAUAAAAAAUGGGAAUUUUUAGAAAACAGUUAUCAGAAAGCUGCUAGUGCAAUUAGCAAAGCAACUCAAACACCUAUUAAAGUCACCAAGGAUAUAUUUAAUCAAACUUCUUACAUACUUAAAGAAAAUCGUAAUACUCAAACAGUGAAUGUUAUAAGUGUACGUAAUUAUGGUGUUUCAGCUGUAAUUCCAUCUUCAGAAAUUGGAGUUACUGCAGCUGUACUAUGCCAAGAUACUGGUGUUUCUGAAGAUACAAUUACUGACAUAAUUUGCCCAAAGUGUAAUUGUAGUAAAUCAUCAAUUGCAGUAGGUCCAGACAGUGUAGCUGAUGGUCAGCUACCAAUUUCAUUGUCAUUAAUCUCUUCAAGAAGUAAAUCAUUCAAUUUGGGAGAAGAGCGUCUUAAUUUACAACAAAAACAACGGACUGUUGCUUGUCAAUAUGAAGCAGAUGUUUCACAUAAGUCAUGCCAAUGUUUAGUGCAAACAUCAUCAAAAGCUUGCCAGCACCAAAUAAAUACUACAGAAAAAUUUGUCCAAUAUAAAAAUGAUGAAGCAGGAAUUUUUUCAAUACAUAUAGGGUGUAAUACUGAAAUACCAAUGGAAGUAAAAAAAAAGAGCGUUGCAUGUAACACGCCAAACAAGGAAGUUAAAACAAAAGAAGCGGCGUCUAAUACAAUAAUAAACGAGUUACAGACAAAAGACGCUGCUUGUAAUACAGGCGAUGUUGAAAUUCCUGGAAAGAAAGAAUACUUAAGAAUGAAUGAAAAAGAAAAGGAAAAAGAAGAAAUUAAGAAAGAAGAUGUUGGAGCUCUGUCUAGAAUUCCCAGGCUUCAAACUGAUGUUAGAAAAUUCAGACGGCAAGAUACUUACACCAAAAUUUCAGAACCAAUUAAAGGUCCUAAAAGAGCAACACCUUCUAAAGAAAUGCAAGCUGCUUUGAAAGUACUUAAUGAUUCAUUACAAAAAGGACUUACAAAGAAUUCGAAAAAUCAAUUAAAGAAUGCCAUAAACAUAAUAGAACAGGAAUGGUUUAAUGUUUCAAGUUUAGAUGGAGCAAAUCCUAUGGAAGUUGAAGGAUAUUUAGAUUAUUUUGAAGAAAUAUCCUCUGAACUUCUUCAUUACAUCGUUAAUAUGUCAGACGCUAGUGGUAAUACGGCGAUGCAUUAUUCCGUUUCCCAUGGUAAUUUUGACAUUGUUUCGAUUUUAUUGGAUUCAAAAGUAUGUGACAUAAAUAAACCAAAUAAAGCUGGCUAUACUAGCGUUAUGUUAGUUUCUUUAGCAGAGCUUCAAAGUUCCACUCAUAUGGAAGUUGUAAGACGACUGUUUCAACUCGCUGACGUUAACAUCAAAGCACAACAACAUGGUCAGACGGCUUUAAUGCUGGCAGUAAGUCAUGGUCGUUUAGAUAUGGUAAAUAUGCUUUUAGACGCUGGUGCUGAUAUAAAUAUUCAAGACGAAGAUGGUAGUACAGCGCUAAUGUGUGCUGCUGAACAUGGACACGUGGAUAUUGUGAAAUUGUUUUUGAGCCAUUCAGAUUGCGAUUCCAGCAUAACCGAUGUUGAUGGAAGCACAGCUUUAAAAAUUGCUAUGGAAGCAGGUCAUAGGCACAUCGGUGUACUUUUAUACGCUCAUGAACGGAAUGUAGAAGCUGCACAUAGCGGUAAAUUGAGAAAAAGUAAAUCUGCAUCACUUAGUCCCCGAACACAAUCUUCUCCACUAUUGCCCAGGAAACCGUUUCGUGCUGUUACAGAAUUUAAAUCAAAUAAGCACUGAAAUAAUAUCCCUGCUUUUUUGUCCAUUUAGUUUUAUUUCUGUGAAAAAGUAAUAUAAUCAAAUCCAAUUGUUAUAAUUUUNUUUUA